AUGCGAUGCGUUCGCGGAGCUCGCAGUCUGCUCGGGCUGCUGUUUCUGGCCUCGUUGCUCCUGUUGGUCUGGAACGGCGUGGUUAGCGAAAGAAAUCUCUCAGCAUGGAUUUCUCCCCGCACUGCCGGUUUGACGGAUCCGGACCAGUCCAAAACGUCCAAAGUCGUUGAGUUGGACCCGGUCUUAGCGCCUGCGCCGCCACCUUCUGUGGCCUCCGCAAGAAAUCCCCUGGAGGAGACCGGUUCCGCGGCGUCCUUCGUUCGGAACGAAUCAAAACCCGCAACAUUUCGCCUGGGUGGUGAUGGAGGUUGUGCUGAAGGCUUUCACCUGGUGACGGAUGAAGAAUCCUGUCAGGUCGGAGCCAAGUUCUUCAAGAAGCCAUUCGCUGGCUCCAUGGACGCUGGCCAUGAGCCAGCGGGUUGCCUUCUGCGGAAAGCAGACAACGAUGUGAUCUUCAACCUGGCUGAGAGCAGCAAGCCCGGCAGCCGUCAACGGCAGCAGCUUUGCUUCGACCGGCCACCGGGGAAGCUGCCCAGCCGGCCCAGCGCUCCCAGGGCUGGCCCCCAACCCCGUGGUUCAACGGUGCCCAGCGUGCCCAGCGGGACGGCCCUGGUUUCAGAGAUUGGGAACCUGACCAUGGCGCCCAGCUGCGGCGAAGUCGAGGGUGCCGUUCAAAUCCGUCACCCCAAUCGGUGUCAGAUUGCUGCGGCGGCCUAUGGGAAGAAAUACAUUGGGAUCAUGAAGUCUUUUUUGGAACCUCAUGGAUGUUUGCAUCGAAAGUUCGACCAAGACAUGAUGUUCAACCGACUGCAGACCAAUGUGACGAAGAAGGACCGCGAGCUGGUUUGCAGCAGCGAGGCAGACCCAGAGGUGCCACUUAGCCGCGCAGCGCUGUCGCCGCUGGAGGCGCAGAAGAUGCGGAUUUACUGCUUCGGAUGGACGGUGCGACGGCCACAAGAGGAGCUGUUGCUGCCCUACGCGCGAAAGCUCUAUGAGGGCUGUGAUAGUCAUCAUUUUUUCACUGAUACUCAGUCUGCUGGAGCCGAGCAACCCGAUUUCAUCAGAGUGGAGUUGCCAAAGACGCAGCAAAACCGUUCCGAUCAAUUCUGGUUGCUCUUGAAAAAUAUGGUUGGACUGCUUCCAGCUUGGAACUAUUUGUUGCAAAACAAUGUGACGGAUGGUUUCGAUUGGGUGAUCAACCUGGAGUUGGAUCAUUUCUUUUUCGCGCCCUUUCUGCGACAGACCAUUGCGGAUCACACGAAUCUCAUGCUUCAGGAUCGCUUGCCGGGGCAAGAUCCCUGGCACGACUCCGUGAUGAUGGUCUUCGGCAAUGUCUUCGCCUUCAACGCACCGCUGGUGCAAAACAUGAAGCGAGAAUGGGGCACCAUCGGGCAAGUGAUCAAUGACAGCAGUUCCAUUGGCCUUGGCUGUCCGGUGAUCAGCGGAUCUCGAGCGCAUGACGUUGGCUAUUGCGAACAGGAUAUGGUCUAUGAGAAUUUACGUGAUUACAUGCGGAGCAGCGUCACCAUCGUGGGCGCCAAUGGCUGUGGAAAUGUGGCAACUUCUGAUAGUUUGGUCCCAUUUCCCUUGGCAUGUUGGCAAGACUUCGUCUUCGGCGAUGAGGAGGAGCAACGACUGCAAGUCUUGAAGGAACUGCAUGUGCUGUGGAACUUUUCGGAUGCACAAGGUGCUGAGGACUAUUGUUUGUCGAGGGAAGACUUGCAACCCCACUGCAAGAAGCUGGUGCGGUCCCGCUUCGUUCCAAUCAUUCACAACAUCAAAACUCCCAAGUUGCACGAGGCUGCCAGGGAACUCUUACCGCUCGCC